UCGAGAGAGCGGUGCGCCAUUUUUUCUAUUAUAAAUACAAUAUAGAUAUACACCGAAACGUUGUAUCUACGCCUUCAGUAGCGGGUUAUAGCAAAAAAGGCAAGUGCUGACUACAGGGCCGGCUAGUUCUCACAGUUUUCCUCUUUUUUAGUACGUCGCGCGAUCUCCGUCUCUUUCUUCGUCUAUCAAUCUCAGUUCAUCGUUAUAUAUUAACAUCAAUUUUUGAAGUGAAAGCUCUAACUCCGUGCCUCCGUGGUUACAUAGAUAUCUCGUUAGCGCGCCACACAAGGCACCACACGACACGGUGGUCCUUCCAGGCACGUAGAUACCCGAGGCGUGCUUUUCGUUGACGUCGUCACCGAGCAAUCCCAGCCGGUGUGAUUUUCCCGGAACGUCCCCCUCCUUCGUCUGCUACCAAGUACGUAUACUGCGGCCAAGAGCGUGGUACGUGCAAUACACGCGACUACUUAGCCUAUACUCUUACACCUACUAGGAGGAAGGAAGGAAGGAAGGAAGAAGGGCAGGCGACUAGGAGCGAGAAAAAAUCACGUUGAAGUCCAGGAAGCCUACUCUCGUUGCAGAGCUCCGCCAAGAUAAGUGGACGAGCCAAGAAUUGCUACCGUCCAGUUACCUAUAAUACUGGAAACAAAAUAAGAUUUUCUGCUUGGAAAAGUUAAAAAAUAGAAGUUCAGGAAAUGGUCAUGGAGGCAUCCCCUUCGCCGCAGAGUGUCGGUCGUGAAUUUGUCCGACAAUAUUACACCCUGCUUCAUAGUGCUCCAGCACAUUUGCACAGGUUUUACAACAACUAUUCUUCUUUUAUCCAUGGAGGCUUGGAUUCCAAUAGGGAGUCCAGUCCUGCAAUUGGACAAAAACAAAUUCAUCAAAAAAUCCAAGCACUUAACUUCCAUGACUGCCAUACCAAGAUCACUCAAGUGGAUUCUCAGCUGACUCUUGGUAGUGGAGUUGUUGUUCAGGUGUCUGGAGAGUUAUCUAAUAAUGGAAACCCAAUGCGACGCUUCACACAAACUUUUGUACUAGCACCUCAAGCUCCUAAAAAGUACUAUGUACAUAACGAUAUUUUUCGCUACCAGGACUUUGGUUAUUCUGAUGAAGAUGAAGAGGGAGAAAGUGAGAGAAUCAAUGAAGUAGUUGAUAGGGAAGGUGAAAGUGAAAAGGUAAGAGCUGAAACUGAAGAGGAAAGCCAACAGGGUCAAAUUCCACAAUUGACCUCUAAAAUUGGAAGCAUUGAACAACAUAGUCAGAUUCAGCAACAACCAGUUCCACUGAGUCAACAGCAGCCAAUGUAUUUUGCCAUGCCUUCGCAGCAGCCACUUCAUCCUGUGCCGCAACAAAUGACCAUCAAUGGCUCUGUCCAUGAAGAUACUCCCAUUAUUCCUCAGCAGCCAGUACAACAGCAACAGGCUCUUUUGCAGCAGCAGCAGCAACAACAACAACCUCCACAAGUAUCACAACAGCAGUACAUGUCUGAACCAGUUGCUCAAGAACAGUUUCAACAAGAAAGUGAACCAGAGUCUCAGCCACAACAGCAGCAAUUACCACCGAUAAUCAAGUCAGAAGUACCGACAGAUGAAAAUGAAAGAAUUGAAGUUGAAUCGAGUUACGUGUCAUCUGUCCAAAAAACUGAACCUGAACAUCAAGUAUCCUCCCCGCCUAUCAGCAGUGGGCCAAAAACAUAUGCAAAUUUGGUAAAGUCUUCUAUUGGAACAGUUAAUCCCCAGGUCUUGAAGCAAACAAUGUCACCACCUCCGAUUCAAAACGUCCGCAUUGAUGACCGUGUGCCAACUCAUCAUCAACAGUCUGCUGGAACGUCACUACCAACCUCUAGCGUAAUGCAAAUGGGUCCACACAUACACAGAAUGUCUGGUCCACAACAGCAACAACAGCAGCAACAACAACCACAGCAAACGCAACAACAACAGUACCCUCAAAGAUUACCUAGAACGAGUCUUCCGGUGCAACCAAGAGUUACAUUUACUGUAGAUGGAGAGCGCAGGCGACCUGGAUACACGGAUGCACAUCAACUGUUCUUAGGAAAUCUGCCUCAUAAUGCUUCUGAAAACGACUUGAGGCAAGUUUUUGAACGUUACGGUCGCGUAGCUGAUCUCCGUGUGCAUAGCAAACAGAACGAUCGCACGAAAGGACCGCCAGGUCAGGGUCAAAAUAACACCAGGGUCCCAAAUUAUGGUUUCAUUACGUUUGAAGAUUCUAGUGUUGUCAGUAAAGUGCUUGAUGACUUGCCUAUUUACUUCCCUGAUGAAAAUGGACAGAAGUUGAACGUUGAAGAAAAAAAAUUCAGACCAAGGGAAAACCAAGGUGGUCGACCGAGUCUUGGGGGAGACGUUAACAUGCGCUCCUUAGGAGGCCAACAGCAACAACAGCAGCAGCAACAGCGCGGUCCAGGUGGCCCAGGGGGAAUGAUGCGAGGUGGUCAACAUGGAACACGUGGUCGUGGAGCAUAUAACCGUGGAGGAGGCGAAGGUGGCCGAGGUGGUCUGAGACAGCCUAGUGGUAACCCAAACAAUCAAAAUUUCCAAAAUCGUCGCUAGUUUUUGGCUAACCAACCAAUGUCGACGAGCUAUUUUGCAGUUCAGCCACGUUUUUCCGCCCUUUCGUCUACAUACAAACAUCAAGAUUAAAAUAUUAAAUUAAAGAUCAAGCAGACAAGAAUAAGCGCGAAAUAAUGAGCUUUGCUCAAAAAAAAAAAAAUAAAAAUAAAAAUAAAAAAAAACUAACUUGUACGUAAUACAAAAGAAAAAAAAGAGACACAAAAUAUGAAUUCGUAAUAAAAUACUAACUCGAGAAAAUGACAUUCCGACCGAAAAGGAAUUAAACUUUCGCGAGAUUCUUCCAUUAAAACGAAGAUCGUUCAGUGCAACAUAUAAACUUUAGUAAGAGCGUAAAUUACAAGAAAAAAAGCAUACUUGAAUAAUACAAGUACACUAAAGAGUGAAAAGAGACUUUUGUCAAUUCAAGUUAACACCGACCUAAACGUAACUAUGCAUAAUUUAAUUGGGAAUUGUUUUCAAGGCCUUCCAACGAUUUCAAUGGCAAUGGAAAUGUGCUUAAUUUUGUUGAUUCACCAGUUUAAAGUUUAAUUUUUCAACUUGAGUGACUCGAGAAUAUUUUGCUUGUCUUGAUUAAGUUGUGUUUAAGUUAUAGUUAGGCAAAUUGUGCGUGUAAUAAAUGGGCUUUCGUUCAUCGAGUCAUGCAUUUUGAAAUUAGGUUGUGCUUAAGUUUAUUUAGUUGUGCCUUAUAUUAACGGCGGUCUGCAUAAAUUAAUUAGGUUAUGCUCAAGUUGAACCCAAGUUUUGCGUUUAAACUCAAAAAGUUAUGCGUUGAAUAACCGAAAUUUAUCGCGUAGCUCGUAUGCUGUAAUUUAUCGACUAAAUAAGUUAAACAUGUAUAAAGUUUUACAUGACCUAAUUAACCUUUGCAUAGCAUUUUCAAGUUUUGUAUAACUGUAAGUUUUAGUUAAGUUUAUUAUUAAGGACUGCGUAAUACUUUAAGUCUUGCUUAACUUGACUUUUAUUCGCAUAACUUUUUAAUUUUCAAGUUUGCAUAACUUAAUGGAACUUGUGCAUAACUCCUAUGAAUUUCGUAUAACUUGAUUAACCUUUUCACAACCAUUCAGUCAUGUAUAAAAUACUUAGCCAUCGCAUAAAAUUUGGAGUUGUGCAUAAGUUUAAUAUCUUUUGCAUAGCGUCAUUAUACCUGCAUAUUUUUAUUGAGUUUUGCAUAAACAUUUUGUCCAUACAGAACUUGUUUAAGUGCAUAUCCAUUUGAAUUUUUACUGUUAAGGAAACUGGUUUUCCUUUUCCUUCAUCUUAUACCCGUGGAUUAAUAAAUUACAACAAGAAUUAUACAAAA